CUUUGGCUGUUUCUGCCACAUCUUCUCCGUCAAAACCUCACUUCUCUCACUACUAUCCACCCCAUCACCGCCACCUUUCGAACCAACCACCACCUUUUCUUCCUUCCUACCCCUCUCUUUUCAAAAACCUUAUCAGCCACCCCUCUUUUCACAAUGAGCGACUGGGACAACGUCACUAAGAUCGGCAGCAAGCACCGUGGCGGUGUUGCCCCCCGCGAGACCGUCGUCAAGGGCAAGAGUGCCCUGAACGCCGCCCAACGUCAGGGUCUGGUCAUCGGAACGGAGAAGAAGUAUGCUUCUGGCAACACUUCCGCACGCUCGGCCGCUCCGGAAGGCCAGCACUUGACCAAGGUCGACCGCAGCGACGACAUCGUCAAGCCCAAGACCGUGGGAUACCAGGUCGCAGACGCCAUCAAGAAGCGCCGGAACGAGGACGGCUACAAGAUGACACAGAAGGAACUCGCCACCAAGUGCAACACCACUGCCACCGUCAUCCAAGACUUCGAGAAGGGGACCGCCACCCCGGACCAGAAGGUCCUCAGUGCCAUGGAGCGCGUGCUCAACGUCAAGUUGAGAGGCGCAGACAUCGGACAGGACAAGUUCCCCAAGAAGAAAUAAAUCUGGAUAUCCUUAAAUUUUCCUUGUUGUCUUUUUUCUCGGGGGUGUCGACUUUGUUUUCCUUUGUCUUAUCCUCUUACUCUCUUAUUUUUUUUUAUUUUUGAUUCCUCUGAUUCUUACCCUUGGUUUUGAAGGACUUGGGCUAU